ACAGCCAGAGCCUCGUCUUGAAAUCCCACCAGAAGAAAGGAAGGAUCUAUCUGACGAAGGGCAGUCUUCGGCUCCACCAUCCUCUUCCAGUUCUUCGCCAGCCUUGCUAAGACGAUUGUCAAGCGAUGCCAGUUUCCAUCUCCCUUCUCCUGGAUACAGCCCUAAGCUGGAAUUUGGGGAUACUUUUUCAGGUGUGCUGGAAAAAAAAGGCAGCAACCGGUCCCACAUUCGAAAUCCAUUCAGUUUCUUCUCCUGGGGAACAAAAAAGGUGAAGGAAGAUCCUGCGGAACCAGGGCAGCCAGCGCUGACAUCGCCCACCAAUGACUGGCAUCUGGCCAACCCGGAGAAGGAAUCCAUCACCAUCACACUGCAUGGCGCAAACAACUUGCCCUCGACCAACAAGGGCAACGUUCCCAUCCCGUAUGUCAUCAUCAAAACAACCUCAGACGAAGAGAACAAGCGUCCUGCCCAAGCGAUAACUCACACAUCGAAGGAGCCAACCCACUCUCCGACCUGGGAGGAGAAAGUGACUUUGGAAAUGGACUCAUCAAAUGCAGGGAAAGAUGAUGUAACCUUGACUGUAGCUGACAAAGACACCAAAGAGGUCUUAGCCAAAUACAAUAUACCUGUGAAGUACCUGCACCCUUUCCAUCACUAUCAUUGCGCUUUGCUGCUGCCUCGGAAAAAGGACCCGACCGGGACAAAACUGUAUGCGACCAUCGUCCGUAAGCGCAGUCUCAUCCCACGUUAUGGGGGAGUGAAUUACACAGGCUUGGAGGUUUUCCUAAAAGGUAUUAAUGAGCCCUUAGCACAACCUGAUGGAGAUGUCGUAGCCAUUGCUAGAAUUGUGAACAAUCUGGAGGCUUACAAGGAAGAGGUGAGGAAUCGACCCAUUAAUGCUCCUCCAUUCCCACUGUCUGUCAUCACUUUCCCAGAUCCUACCAUGGAAGAUUUUGAUGUUCCUCGAGUUACUAACCAUGGAUACCCGCAGGUUUCCCCACCAGGUGGCCCUCCUGAGCAACCAAAGUGGGAGACUUCCUACUUGUUUCAAGGAAGGGAUGGGGCUACAGCUUUCUCAGACGAUGCUGCCCUGGUGAUUGAAUACUACAAAUCAGGAUCAGGAGGAGAUCUAGAAAGUGUGACGAAGCCCUUGGGUUUCUCGGUGCUACCGCUAACGAAUCGGGUGUACCGGAAGCUGGUAGCAGACAGCAGCAGGAGUGGUCUUCGAAUAGAAAAUCUUCCCAUCCAGGAUACCCUUCUGCGAACCACAUCUGGGGGCAUCCCAACCGUCCAGCUUGGCCUCCAGUUGAUCAAUUCAGAGAGGCCAGAUGUGUUUCUUACUGCAUCCACAACCAAUGGUUUGCCCCUUUUGGAUCCAGAGUUGGUGGGACAACUUGGGACAAUCAAAGAACCAUGGACGAGGCCACCUUCCAAAAUGGAACAGAAGAUCAGUGUGGUUGAACCCCAUCCAGAAAACUCCUUCAUCGCCCCUGACCGCAAGACCUCCUGCAUUGACCUGUCUUUGCUACCGAAUGAUAAAUUGCCACCUCAUGAAGCUGUGGCCGAGAUCCUGCCAGAGAGACAGCAUGCCAGGCCCAUUAUUGAAGAAGUCCAGGAUCUGGAGACAGACAAUUACGGCUCAGCCUUGCAAAAAAUGGCUGAUGACAUCCUGUCCUUGCGCCGGCACGUCAGCAACCUGGAAGCUGAGAACAGCAGCCUCCGGCGCAACCUUGCCAUGCACGAGGACGUCGGGCGAGCCCUGUUUCAAGACACUGACCUGGAUGUCAUGACCAAGGCAGAGAUAGUUGAUCGGAUAUUGGCCCUCAAACAAAAACUAGCUGCUGGAGCUCAGGAGAUGGCCAGGAUGAAGGACCGGGUGCAAAGGCUGCAGAAUGAGCUAAUUCGGAAAAAUGACCGGGAAAAGGAUUUGGUGAUGCUAAAGCGAGCUCACCAACAGCAGCAGGUGUUGCUAAGGAAAUACCAGGCUAAGGUAGCCAGGAUGCAAGCACUGGAGGAUGCCGUGAGGCAGCAGGAAAAGGUCAUUGAGAGGAUGGAGCGGAUGCUGAAAGAGAAGGUGAAGGACCGGUUCCAAGAUGCAGACCAGUUCCCAGACAUACCCAGAGGGGCAGGCCUUGGUGACAGCUGGUCCAAGGAUCUCUACACCACCUUGCUGAUGGAGAACAUGAGGCUACGAGAUGAACUGGGCAAGUCCUCCUCAUACCGCUCCCCCAUCAUACUGCAACAGCAAGCAUUGCCAGAUACGUUUUCUGCUAAUACGGAAAAACUCUCAUUAAUUUCAAAACUGGAGAAGGCCGAGGCACGGAUCCACGCUUUGGAAUGCCAGCUGGAGGAAUCGGCCAGGAGAUGGGGCCGAGAGAAGCAGGGCUACAGCACUCGGCUUCUAGAGCAAGAGCUUGGUUUUGUCCACUCCCCAUCUUCUCCUGUACUACAGGAUUUUUUGCUGGACGAGAAGGAAGAGAAGGGGGACAAAGAUGUGAAGAACAGCAAAAUAUAUAUGGCAGGAAAGAACAAGUAGUCCAGCGGAGGGCUGACGCCGCUCACAGGAGACUUCUCCGAAUUCACGAGAAGCAUCAGAACCUUCACCUUCUGCCAUAGGAAUGCAGGAUGGAAGGAAUUCUCCCUACUAUAUUAGGAGAGAAUAUUUAUUACAAAAUAAAUAUUA